GGAUACAAAUAAUCGCCAUCGCCCAUUUCUAUCUCUUUUCUUCUACAUCAUACAACCACCACUUCAAUAUCCACUUCAUCAAUCCACAGCAACCAUAAAAGAACUCCAUCAAUUUAUCCAUCAGAAGUAUCAACAAUGGCUCGUACCAAGCAAACUGCCCGUAAAUCCACUGGUGGUAAGGCACCAAGAAAGCAACUUGCUUCCAAGGCUGCCCGUAAGAGCGCCCCUUCUACCGGAGGUGUCAAGAAGCCCCACAGAUAUAAGCCAGGAACUGUCGCUCUCCGUGAGAUCCGUCGUUACCAAAAGUCGACUGAGCUCUUGAUCCGAAAGCUCCCUUUCCAACGUCUCGUUCGUGAAAUCGCUCAAGAUUUCAAGUCCGACCUCCGUUUCCAAUCUUCCGCCAUCGGUGCUCUCCAAGAGUCCGUUGAGGCCUACCUCGUCUCCCUCUUCGAAGACACCAACUUGUGUGCCAUCCACGCCAAGCGUGUCACCAUCCAAUCUAAGGAUAUCCAACUCGCCCGUCGUCUCCGUGGUGAGCGUGGUUAAAUUUGGUUUCUGUUUUGACUUCUCGAUGUCUUCAGCCUGAAAGCGCUUCGGCUUUAGGUCGAUUGACAAUGGCGAUGGAUCGGGGUGGAUGAUAAUGCUUUGGGGGUAUCUUACAAGGGUUUUACGGCAUGGAGUUCAUUUCAUUUUAUGGGGGACCUGCGUUCUUACAGGCUGUACAUUAUUCAGCCAGCGAUGGUGCGCUGAGCUAAUGACAACAGAUAACA